UUGGGUGGUGCUUUGCUUGUGUAGGAAGAAGAGGUUUUUAGAAAAAAGUGUCGGAUGUCUUGGUAAGCGGCUGCUGAUGCUGGAUUAAUUUUAAAUGCGGAAAGAUAUUUUAUUUCCUUUUCAUAUGGACUGUUUGAGGGAUUGACUCGUUUUAUCAGGUUUUUCUGUUCCUUCUUUGGGACUGCUGUUGGACUGAUAAUUGGCACUUGGCCUGAUUUAAAAAAAAACUCAACCAUCCACUUUGGUUUGUAAUUUUGUCUCCCUGUCCCUGGAAAUACAAAUUUCCUCCAUAAGCGUUCUGCAGUGGAUGGCCGUGUUGCCAUGAUGACUGCAGAGUAUGCCUCUGACCAUCCUCAUCUUCCUUUGCCUCAACCAUUGGAUGGCCCAGGGCCCAUGGCCCCACCUCCUCCUCCUCCCCCACCACCUCCUCCUCCUCCUCCACCCCCCCCUCCUCCUGCCUCACCCCCCGGGAGUGGACCCCUGACCAGAAGCAAAAAUCGGCGGUCCAAACUUCGGAACUUCAACUGGGACGCCAUCCCUAGGCACAGUGUGAUGGGGAAACGCAACAUCUGGACGUCCGAGAAAAAACUGGACGACUUCGAGCUGGACACCAAGCGGAUGGAGGAGCUGUUCAGCCAGAACGAGCAGGGGCAGCAGAGAGCACGGGCCAGCUUGAGGAAGAGUGUGCGAGGAUUGCCUGCCUCCACCCAGGGGAUGGACCCAGUUUCAAUUCUUAACUCCAAGAAGAGCAUGAACAUUGGGAUCUUCCUAAAGCAGUUUAAAAGGCCUAUCCAGGAGAUUAUAGAAGAUAUCAGGCAAGGCCACGGUGCAAAAUACGGAGCAGGAAAACUACAGGAGCUCCGUAAACUCCUGCCUGAGGAUGGAGAAGUGAAGAAGCUGCGUGCAUUUGAUGGUGACCAGACACAGCUUUCAGAAGCCGAUCUGUUCAUGGUGCAGUUAGUGCGGCUUUCCAGCUAUCAGGAGCGCCUUCAGAGUCUAGUCCUGCGAGAGGAAUUUUCCCCCUUCAUACUCUCUAUGAAACAGUCCAUUUCUACCAUGACCAAAGCAUCCACAGAGCUCAUGGAGUGUGAAAACCUACACACAGUAAUUCGUCUGGUUCUGAAGACGGGCAACUACAUGAAUGCUGGUGGCUAUGCUGGCAGUGCUGUAGGAUUCCGCAUGACAUCCCUUCUGAAGCUUGUGGACACAAAGGCAAACAAACCUGGAAUGAACCUAAUGCACUAUGUAGUGAUGCAAGCAAAGGAGAUCGAUGCAACUCUGCUAAAAUUCCCCGAACAGCUCCAACACAUUGGACCAGCAUCUAGGAUUCUGAAACAGGAAGUAGAGGCAGAAUUUCAAAAGGAAAAGAAGAAAGUGGCAGAAGUCAAGACAAAUGUUACCAAACAAGAUGAUCUGAGAGAGCAGAUGGAGUCCUUCCUGCAGGAUGCAGAAGCUCAGCUGGCAGAGGUGGAGACCUCCCUUCAGACCCUGAACUCAGUCAGCUGCUCUGUGGCCGAGUAUUUCUGCGAGGACCCCAGCCAAUUCAAACUGGAAGAGUGCUGCUCCAUCUUCCACUCCUUCUGUGAGAAGUUUCUGCGAGCCAUGCAGGAAAACCAGGAGCGUGAAGUAGCUGAGGUGAAGAGAAGGCAGCGUGAAAGACUGAACACUUCGGUUAAGCGCAAGUCCACAGCUACCUGUUCACACAGAGAUAAAGAUAUGGAAGGUGUAGCCCUCGAGUCCAUCUUAAACAGAUUCCUUCAGAACAGGAGCUCUCGCCGCAAGCCUGGGUCUCCCUCUCCCACCGGAGGAAGCCUUCCAGAGAUGAUUCCCGCAAGUAAAGAGACAACCUCAACGGAAGGAAACAAAUAUCCUUUUGAGGAUGUGGAGAUGCAAAAAGAUAGAACAAAUUCAGCCAAUGACCCAGCCAGGAACUCUAAGCAUGGGGAAGUUCCCCUUCUCAAUGAAGAGGAUGGAGAUAAAGGUAAACAAAGUGUAGGCAGGGAGAGAGUUAUUUCUAUUGCUGAUGUAGAGAGCAGGAAGAGCAACCGUUCAGCAAAAGACCAUGACCACCAAAACCCUGCUCACUUGGCUGGAAACAUUGUCGGCAGCCCUGCACACAAGAAGUCCUCGGGGGACAUAAGGCAGGAGGAAGAGAAUGAAGCUCAGCAUAUGCGAGAGGUGUCCCGCAAGGUUUUACACUAUCAAAAUAGCCGAGGCAGCUUAUCAUCGGGGGAGUAUACUUUUGACCAGGCUGGGGUGUGCUCUCCAAAUGGGACCACCACUUCGUCACGCUUUCGGGACUUCCAAGAUGACAAACACAAAGCUUUGUCUGAGCAGACCGCAGAUACAACAAACAAGAUUAUUCUCAGCCCUCCUGCCUGCCGUUUUAAUCAAAAGAAACCACCCCCUGCCUUGUCCCGCCGCCACACACUCAAUAUAAUGCCCACAGCCUGCAUAGAUGAGAACAAGGAAGAUGAUCUCCGGCUGUUGUCUGGAAAGCCUGGCAAAACUCCAGCUCCUCCGAUGAAGUACAUUGGAAAGAUGAAGUCGGCUGAUAACUGGCAGUUUUCCCAGAAGCUGGAAGAGAUUUGUGCAAAACAACAUGGUAUCGGCGUACCUGAAGCUAAUUUUCCCAAGCCAAAAAGUCCAUCACACCAGGUCACGGACCAUCAGAGCACUUCAGCAAAAGAAAAGGAGAGGUUAUCUUCAAACUCCCAAAAGGAAGAUGCUCAGUUUCCUUCAAGCAAGCGAGUGGGGAUUUUUAGGUCACGGAAACCGCAAGGCGAGCGGGACAAGGAGCGUGGCACAAUCGAGUCCUCGUCUAGCUUCCGCCUGAGCGAUUUCCUGCACAAGAGGUUCAGCCAGAAGACGAGUGAGGGCUCCAUGAAGCCACCUGAAGUCGUCCGUGAACGCCAGGAAAACUCCAACAUCUUCUCAUUCUUCAAGCGCUUUAAUGACAAGACAGUCAAAUCCAGUAUCAAGGAAGUGGACUAUGAGGGCACGGACUUGUGACAACCGUCAAAGUAAACUUUGCAUAUUGCCAAAUGACUGUAUUUAAACUAUAAUAUGGGGUGUUGAUAAUGAAAUUUGGUUCGUGUUUACGUGACCAUGACAACCUGGUUUCAAGCAGGUGACUUUAACUGGCAGCCAGUUCAAGCCUGAAAAGCUUUAUUUAUAAACUAGUUUACUUCUAUUACUGGUAAAUUAUUUUGGAUUUUUCUAAGUCUGUUAUACUCAUUUUGUUGAGCUGAAGAAAACAUUUUUAAAUUGGUGAGCAUGCAAUGUAAACAUUAGUAUAAAAUAUCUAAGUCCAUAGAGGUUCAUAACCAAGUUGUUUUUAGGUCCUGGUUUUCUCAUCAAAGAUGGCCCAUGUGUGGUUUUAGAACUAUUUACUUAAGCAUGUUAAUUUGAAUUCUUUUGAACAUCAGUGUUGAGCUUUUUCAUGAGCCUUCAAAUAUUUGUAAGUGGACAAAUCAUAAGGGACUCAAGACAAAACCCCUUAUAAUACCUGCUUUUUUCUAUCCCCAAUUUUUUACACUAUACAAAUAAAUAAAAUAUGGUUUUGAACCAUUAA